ACGGCCCGGACAAGAUGCAGAUGGAAUCGCCGCUCCUGCCGGGCUUGAGUUUCCAUCAGCCCCCUCAGCAGCCGCCGCCUCAGGAGCCCGCGGCACCGGGCGCGUCGUUGUCGCCGUCCUUCGGCAGCACCUGGUCCACGGGCACCACGAACGCGGUGGAGGACAGCUUCUUCCAGGGGAUCACCCCAGUCAACGGGACCAUGCUCUUCCAGAACUUUCCGCACCACGUCAAUCCAGUCUUUGGAGGCACCUUCUCCCCGCAAAUAGGCCUGGCGCAGACCCAGCACCACCAGCACGUCCUCGUCCUCGGCCGCUGCUGCCGCCGCCGCCGCUGCGGCCGCCUCGUCGGCCUCGUCCAGCUGGAACACGCACCAGAGCGUGAACGCCGCCUGGAGCGCGCCGUCCAACCCGUGGGGCGGCCUGCAAGCCGGCCGGGACCCUCGCCGGGCGGUCGGCGUCGGUGUCGGCGUGGGCGUCGGGGUGCCUUCCCCACUCAACCCCAUCUCGCCGCUCAAAAAGCCCUUUUCCAGCAAUGUGAUCGCGCCGCCCAAGUUCCCUCGCGCGGCCCCGCUCACCUCCAAGUCCUGGAUGGAGGAUAACGCUUUUCGGACCGAUAAUGGUAACAGUCUGUUGCCAUUUCAGGAUCGGAGUAGGCCAUAUGACACUUUUAACUUGCACUCGUUGGAGAACUCCUUAAUGGAUAUGAUAAGGACUGAUCAUGAGCCUCUGAAAGGACGCAUGGGAAUCAAUUUCCAUCAUCCAGGAACAGAUAAUAUCAUGGCACUUAACACCAGGAGCUAUGGGCGGAGACGAGGUCGGUCUUCUCUCUUUCCCUUUGAAGAUGCCUUCCUGGACGACAACCAUGGCGAUCAGGCCUUGUCCUCCGGCUUAAGUUCUCCCACUCGCUGUCAAAACGGGGAACGAGUAGAGCGCUACUCCAGAAAGGUGUUUGUUGGAGGCCUGCCCCCUGAUAUCGAUGAAGAUGAGAUCACUGCCAGCUUUCGCAGGUUUGGACCUCUCGUGGUAGACUGGCCUCACAAAGCAGAAAGCAAGUCGUAUUUCCCUCCUAAAGGCUACGCCUUUCUGCUGUUCCAGGAGGAGAGCUCCGUACAAGCUUUGAUAGAUGCCUGCCUAGAAGAAGAUGGGAAACUGUACCUGUGCGUGUCAAGCCCCACCAUCAAGGACAAACCGGUGCAAAUUCGACCAUGGAACCUAAGUGACAGUGACUUUGUAAUGGAUGGUUCUCAGCCUUUGGACCCCAGAAAAACUAUCUUUGUUGGGGGAGUUCCACGACCACUUCGAGCUGUCGAGCUGGCAAUGAUCAUGGACCGUUUGUACGGUGGUGUCUGCUAUGCUGGCAUUGAUACGGACCCAGAGCUGAAGUACCCCAAAGGUGCUGGCCGCGUGGCGUUCUCCAAUCAGCAGAGUUACAUUGCAGCCAUCAGUGCUCGCUUUGUGCAGCUCCAACACAAUGACAUCGACAAACGGGUGGAGGUGAAGCCCUACGUGCUGGACGACCAGAUGUGCGACGAGUGCCAGGGCACGCGCUGCGGCGGGAAGUUCGCCCCGUUCUUCUGUGCCAACGUCACCUGCCUGCAGUAUUACUGCGAGUACUGCUGGGCCAGCAUCCACUCCCGCGCCGGCCGGGAGUUCCACAAACCGCUGGUGAAGGAGGGAGGCGACCGUCCUCGCCACGUCCCGUUCCGCUGGAGCUGAGCCCGGGGCUGACCCCGCCACAAGUACUGGAGUAGAUAACGAGGAGGGAAAAGAGAGGGCACUGCCUCAGGGCUUACGGCGUUCUGGAAAUCUGUGCAUUCGUUCUCGAUUUUUAAAGAAGAAAUGGGUCUUUUUAUUAUUAUUAUUAUUUACAGUCAUAUUACUGAACUCAGUGUCCAGUAUAACGCACACCUGCAGAGUGUCUAACGGUACUGAUCUGCACUUUGAGUCACACUUUGUCUGCUUGGUACCUUAAUUUUUUACACCCGAUUUGUCACUCGUGACAGUCUGUAGACUGCCCUCGCCAUCAGCAGCCACCGGGUUGGUGGCCGCGAUCCCUCCCUUGUUGCCGUGUUGCUGUCGUUCCGACUGGUUUGAACUGGAGCAUGCACUUAUUUUCAGAAACGUAGAGAGCUGCCCUAGGACAAGACGUACCAAAGGGAACUCGCGAGCAGGUGGCCGAGGUAGCGGACACGUCCCGAUCAGCAGUCCUCCGCUGGGUCGUAGAGUAAGGAAACCCUUCGUGAAAAUAAGCCGUUAGUCGCUGUCGAUUUGACUUGUAAGGAUACCUCAGAAGCUGGAUCUUUAUUUUUCCUCCACGUUUGAUUUUGUUUUGCUGAGGACUUUGGUUAGAUCUCUUAGUGUUACGUAAAUCGAUGCUGCAAUAGCUUUUGCUGCUAUUAAAAUGGUAUUACUGAUACCAUAAUUCUCUAUUCAGGCUAAGGUAUCACUUAAAACAGAAACAAAACCCAGCAACACACUUGUGUGGUUUAGGGGUAGAGUCAGCUGCCGAGAGAGAUCAGAAUAGACUUCAGAAAGCUUCCGUGGAAGGUCGCUCUUUCUGACUGCAUGUUUACUUAAUCAGGUUGCUGCAUGCAAUAAAUUUUAUAUCCAAUGUCUAGUAUAAAACCUUCCCACAAUGCACAAAUUAAGAAUCUAUAUAAGCUAUAAAAUACUGAUUUAAAAAAAAAAGUUUUUUUUUUCAUUCAAAGAAUUGGUGAUUGACCGGAGGAAGGCAUGCCUCAGUAAACGGAAUGCUUCGGAACAGGAAGCGCCUAUGGCAGAACGACCUAUAUUACAACCAGUAGAAAACCUAGGUGUAGGAUAUUCUUCAAGCAAACUCGUCGAUGGUAGAUGAAGUACUUUGCGGUGCUCUGUUCUAUAUUGUGCAAUUUAUUUUAUAUAGUAAAGUGAUUAUGUCUAACUGUGAUCAAACGUAACUGUUCAAAGCCUCUGUGUCAGACAUUGACGAACUCGACAGUUCACAACUGGUAUCUUACGAACUAACACAUGAGCUCUUAGUUACAACCUCCUAGUUGCUUGCACCAUUUUACAUAGCUUCAGACCUUAUCCAGAAAACCAAAGAGCUCAUCUUAGCUUACAGACACUAAGAAUAUAUACAGUACAUAGAGAUAAGUUGUCAGAUUGACAAACUAGACACAUUUUUUCCCGAGAGAUAUGUAACGGGGAUGCUAAAGAAAUGUCUGUAGCAAAGAAGGCGGCCUGGGCAGAGCUGGCUGUCCGGGCGAGAAACGAACUACUUAAUUCCCUGGAUGUGUCCCGCAAAGCUUGACUAGAAUAGAAUAGAAGGACCUGCUCGUCCUUCCGCGGACAUUUUUUUAGCAUUCACUCGCAGGCUGCAGAGAGUAAGAGGGAAACACGCGGUGAUUGUGAGACAGUGGAACUCUUCUUUGAUCUUCUUCCUAUGUUUUGGAAUUCUGGGGACAAUCUGACUGGCUAUGACACUGCAGAGUAGACUUAAGUCGCUGCGUCUCACGUACUGCGCAGUCCUGGGACUGUCCUAAGUUAAUAUUGCUUCUCUUCAGUUUUCUUCCGUUUGUUCUCUUUUUCCUUCUGCGUUUAGUUGCGAUUACCAGCUCCCAAGCUAUCGUUUGUUUUCAAAAUGGAAAAACAAAAUAGUUUUUUUACUGGAUUAAAAAUGCUUAGUAGAACCCUCCCCCUUUGAGGUUACCUCUGGGCUUUUUGGUAAUAGUGGCUUUUUUCCAGCCCAGGUGUGUUUUUUUCUUUGGUUUUGUUUUUUUGGGUUUUUUUUCCCCCCCCUAUGUUCGUGGGUUUUUUUCAUCUGUACAAGAAAUUUUGUUAUGCACUACUGCUUUUUGUAUUCUAGACAGUUUUCAAAAGUUGGCUGAAGAUUUUUUUGUUUGUUUGUUUUUAAGGAAAAAGGCAUGCUUUCUGACUGACAUGAUCUUUUGCAAUACCUCAAUUUUGAAAUAUAGGAAAGAAAAUGAUAUUUUCUAAGUAAGUUUAUUCAGAAAAAUAUAUAUUAAUUUAAUUCUGCAAGAAAAUGAUUUAACAGAUGGGUAACUUUAUUUUUUUCAUGCUUAUUUGUGUUUUUUGAAAAUGAAGAAGUUAGAGCUUUAUAACUAUAAUAUUAAAGAUCAUAUCUAACCUACAGAAAUCUACCUAAUUAUGUGAAAGAAGCAAAACCUUUUGAAGAAGCACCCCUCUCAUGUACUAAAAGAACACUGAGAUUUUAAAAAGCCGGACGAUGGUACAGCAGAAAGCUAAAAUGAGGGAGAACACACGGCCGUGAAGGAUAGGUUACGGAGGUCAGCUCCACUCGGUGCUGAGGGUUGUGACGAGGUGGUGGAGCCACUUCCCCUUCAUUUGUAUAUUUAUAAUCAAGGGUUGAUUGUGCACGACUGACCAGGAUUGUGAAAGAGUUCUUCUGUUUGUAUUUUUUUAAAGAGAACUUUUUUAGUUUAUUAAAUUAUAACAUGUUCCCUUUUGUUUUGUAAAUAAAUGUGCCCCCAAGUUGUUAAUGUUAUAUUCAAAGAGAGGGUCCUUCCAAAAAAAUUAUUUUUUAAAACACAGAGGUGAUCUGACCUGCAACGUGACGGGGAAGCCCCUGGGUAACACGGUCCUGUUGUGGCCUUUCCUUGAAGUGACACUUGAACUAGUCGAUUUUUUGAAGGCUAUAACCUAACCUCGACUAUUUGUUGUUAUGUGCAAUACUGUUUGUACUGUUUGUAUAAAAAAUAGAAAAAAAAAAA